AUGGCGGAUAGUGGAAGUAAAAUAGGAGAGGAUGAUAAAGUUCCCGGUCGUGUGAAGGGAAACUUGUGUCAACCAUGUUUAAGUAAGGAUAAGCAAAAUGUAGCUGACAAGUUUUGUUCAACUUGUAAUGAAUUUCAAUGUAAUGAUUGUUCAAAUGUACACAACGUGCUCGCCAUCUUAAAAAACCAUAAACUGGUGGGCGUGAAAGAAGCUAAUGCUUCAACUACUUUGUUUGAAAUGGAGAACUUAGAUUUAUGUGAUCAACAUCAAAAACUUUUUGAAUUCUUCUGUGAAGAUGAAAAGAAGCUUUGCUGCAGUACUUGUGCUAUUGUAAAUCACCGAAAAUGUCACAGCGUUGUAGAAAUUGAGAAGAUUGCCGGAAAAAUACAUCACCAAUUUCUACCCUUAGGGGAGAAAUUAAAGGAAGCUAAAGAAAGCUGCUUGAGAGCGUUGCGAGACAUAUUUUGCUCUUCAAAAGAUCAACUUGCUGAAGAUAUAAAAGAAAAUACAUGUAAAGAUUAG